UGCAUAAUCUUUUAAUUAUCAAAUCAAUCAACAGUUUCGGAAUACAUAGUUUGUAAUAUGUUAAUUCCCCAAUAGUUUAUUCUUGUAGAAUUAAUAAAGAAAAGAAACAAUAUACGCGGGAAAUAUGAAUCCGAGAGGUUUGAAAACAUUGCUGGAAAAUUUCGAUCAACCUUUCGUAAUUCCGAACUUGCUUGAUUGGUCAAUACUGGAUUGGGACUUGGAGCAGUGGAAUGCAGCAUUAAAAGGCAGCGUUUUGAAAUUUCGUAAGGGAAAAAUUGCACAUACUAAGGAUCCUCAAUGGGAGAGUCACACAGAAAUCGUAGAAGGAACUUUGGACGAUUUUUUAAAAUUCUGCAACGAUUCUCAUUAUUGGUACUACUUCGAUUACAAAUAUCUAAUUGAAUGGUUCUUAGAUCAGAAGCAAAUUAGAAAUGACAUCAAUUGGACCAAGUUUGGGUUCGAAAAAUUUGCAAAUGAUAGUACCAUAUGGAUCGGAACAAAAGGAGCACAUACACCGUGUCAUAUAGACGUGUAUGGCUUCAAUUUGAUUGCUCAAAUUUUUGGAAGGAAACGGUGGCUGCUGUUUCCACCAAACGAAGAUCUAUUAAAAACACGUGUACCUUACGAAGAAUCAAGUAUUUACUCUAAAAUAAACUUCUAUAGUCCCGAUGAAAACAAUUUGCGUGGAUUUGACAGUUGCAGGGAAUUAAUAUUGGAGCCGGGUCAGGUGCUUUUCGUUCCGAACGGCUGGUGGCAUUAUGUGGAAAACUUGGAGACAGCAAUCAGUAUCAAUACUUGGCUACCACUGACCUCGGAUAACGAAAAGCGAAUGCAAGAAGCAAUAGUCCAGAUGCUGAUGAAAAUUUUAGCGAGUCAAGUGACCGAAGGAGACAGGAACAUUCUUCUUAAUCCGAACGAAAAUAUCGAGGAAUCCGUGUACGGUUGUGUAAGAAAUAUCGAAGCAAUGAAGAAUAUUUAUAGAAAUGCAAUAAAGGUGCCGCAGCGAAUUGAGUUGGCAUCGGAAUUGUAUAACAAGUUCAAGGAUAAUUUGGUGCAGCCUGCAGUGUUGUCACGUGAAGAGUUUACACGUUUAAUGGUGAAACAAAGCAGAAGAUUUGCGAAGGACAAGGAAGAGUCUUCAACUAAUAGUUCAAGUGAUCUAAUAGAUGUAAUUAAUGCGAUCACCGAUUGCGAUGUAAUUGAAUUGAUAAAGAAUAAAAUGCUUGGGAAAUAAGAUUACUUCAAUUUAUUACUUUCCGAGAUACAAAUACUUGGUUUCAACAAAAUAAAAAAAUAAUAAUACAUGGAUAAUAGUUUUUUUUACACAUAAGCGAUUAAUGGCAAUUUAUAAAAAUAUGUAGAAAAAUAGUAUCAUCCUAAUGCUUAUAUAUAUGAUAAUUGUCUUUUUUUACAUUUACACUAAUAAUAGUUAGUAUAUUGACGUACGUUACUGUAACGAAACGGGACGUUCAUAGUUUAUUGUGAUCACAGAUAACAAUAACCAAUAUAAUGAACAUCACUACAGCUUUACGUUUUCUUAGAUUUUGUUUACAAUAACAUCGAUAUAUUCAGCAACAAUAAAAAGUAAAUAAUUAAUAUAUUACAUACGUACGCGUGAUCACAAUUACGUCCAACAUAAUAUAAAAUAUAUGUUUGAUUAAAAAAAAUAUAUAUACCAACAUUGUUAUAAUAACUAAGAGAUUCGUAAUAAAUUACAACAAUUUAAGCAUACAAAAAAUAGUAAUUCCCUGAACUCAGACAACUAGCCUACAAUUGUAUCGUUCUGUACCUCCCAAAAAAAUAUAAUAAUCCGCCAAUCAAAUUUCAAUUUUAUACAACAAAAUAUAAUAAAAAAAAAUAU